AUGACGCAGACCCCAAUGAUCUCGGUGCCUUUAAAGGCCACUAACGAGAUCGAUUGGAUUACACCGUUGAAGACAUACAUCAGAGAUACAUAUGGAGACGACCCCGAGAGGUAUGCGGAAGAAUGUGCGACGCUCAACCGUUUGCGCCAGGACAUGAGAGGCGCUGGCAAAGAUAGCACUGCUGGGAGGGAUCUACUAUACAGAUAUUAUGGCCAGCUCGAGCUAUUAGACCUCCGAUUUCCGGUCGAUGAGCAGCAUAUCAAGAUCUCUUUUACCUGGUUCGACGCAUUUACUCACAAAGCUACAGCCCAAUACUCCCUUGCGUUCGAGAAAGCUUCCAUAAUCUUCAACAUAUCUGCCGUUCUGUCCUGCCAUGCCGCGAACCAAACCCGAUCCGAGGAGACUGGUCUUAAAACCGCAUAUCAUUCCUUCCAAGCAUCCGCUGGCAUGUUCACCUACAUCAACGAAAACUUCCUACACGCGCCCUCAUCCGACUUGAGUAGAGAAACUGUAAAAACAUUGAUCCAGAUAAUGCUUGCGCAAGCCCAAGAAAUAUUCCUCGAGAAGCAGGUGGCCGAUCAGAAAAAGGUCGGCUUAUUGGCAAAGUUGUCUAGCCAAGCCGCCUACCUAUACCAACAAGCGCUAGAAGGUGUUCAAGAAAACGUCAAUAAAGCUAUCUUCGAGAAAGUCUGGCUAUUCUUUACUCAAAUCAAAGCCAAUUUAAUGACAUCAAAUGCGCAAUACUACCAGGCCCUUGCCGAUGAAGAUGCUAACUCAUACGGUGUAGCCAUCGCCAGGCUCACAUCAGCUGAAGUCCAAGCCAGAGAAGCUAAUAGAAUGGCUAGCAAUUUCCCUAGUACUAUGCCACCUAGCUCGAACCUGAGUGCUGACACGGGGGCUUUAUUAACGGAGAUCACAAAACGGAAUCUAACCACCAUUCAACAGAAAUUAAAGGAGCUAAUCAAAGACAAUGAUUAUAUAUAUCACCAACCUGUCCCGGCAGAGGCCAGCCUGGUCCCAGUACCGAAGCUACCGGCAGCAAAGCCAAUCCCAGUAAACGAACUCUAUGCAGGCCAGGAUAUUCAACGGAUAACUGGCCCAGACUUAUUCGCGAAGAUUGUCCCAUUUACAGUCACCGAAUCAGCGAGUUUGUACGAUGAGGAGAAGGCGAAGCUGGUGCGUGCGGAAACUGAGAGGGUCAGCAUGGCUGACGAUGAGAUGGCUGCCAGUUUGGACUAUCUCAAAUUGCCAAACUCCUUAUCCGUGUUAAAAGGGGGAGUGGAUCAAGAUAUCCGACCAGACAAAGACUUUCAAACUUGGUGCGACGAUGUUGCGGGCCACGAGAAUCCGAUAUCCAUAUUCGAUACGUUACGUAUAGACAAAGAUGCGAUCGUGACAACUUUGGACAGGUGUUCAAAACAACUCGAUAUGGAGGAGAGUGUCUGUGAGAAGAUGAGAUCUAAAUAUGAAAGUGAAUGGACACAACAGCCUAGUUCACGGCUCACAACUACUCUGCGGGGGAAUAUCCGGAAUUACAGGGAAGCCUUGGAUGAGGCAGCGAAGAGCGAUGCCCAACUUUAUACCAAGUUCCGACAAAACGAGGUAGACUUUGAAGAAAUGCGGAAUGCUGCUCAAACUGGCGAAGUCGACUCCCUAUUCCAAAUAGCUCUUAGCAAAAUCCGCUCGAAGUCGAGCAGUUCGACAAGCCCUGCAAGUGCUGAGGCCAAUUUGCUAGAUGCCGAUUUUGAGGACGAUAGUCCGAGUGUGGCGGAGCAAAUAACCAGAGUUGAGGAUAUUCUCAAGAAGUUGAACUUGGUGAAGAGGGAACGAGCUCAGGUUCUAAAGGAUCUCAAGGAAAAGGUACACAACGACGACAUAUCACAAAUUCUCAUUUUGAACAAGAAAUCAAUACCGAACUAUGAAAAAGAACUAUUCCAAUCCGAAUUAGAAAAGUUUCGCCCCCACCAGAACCGGAUAUUACAGGCGAACCACAAACAAGCUUCGUUAAUGAAGGAGCUUCAAGCAUCAUUUGGCCACCUCCUUCAGGAUAAGCGCGUACAAUCAGAACGUAGCAAGUACGAGGUCAAACAACGGCAGAGGAACUCGGUAGUCAACAAAUAUAAGAGGGCGUACCAAGAGUUCCUGGAUCUCGAAUCUGGGUUACAGAGUGCAAAGAACUGGUAUACUGAGAUGAAGGAGACGGUUGACAGCCUUGAGAAGAACGUGGAGACUUUUGUUAACAACAGGAGGUCAGAAGGCGCCCAAUUGCUCGGCCAAAUAGAGCAAGAGAUAGCUGCAAACAAGAGCACACAAGCUGAGGCUGAGCGAGAACGACUUCGCGGACUUAUGGAGCGCAUGUCAAUGGAUCCUAAUGCAUCACCGUCGCCAAAGCCGGGCUCAACACGGCCCGUGCCAACACCACUUUCCUUCUCAAAUGCACCUCGCUACCCACAGACCAACAUCACCGGUCAGUACCAGAUGCCAACUUCUCCGCCACCAAAUCAGGCCAAUUAUCCCGGAUAUUCUAGUCCUCCACCUAGCAAUACUUAUGCUUCAACGCCGCAGCAGUCUUAUACGCCUAACCCACAACAUCAACAACAACAGUCAUUUGGUCAAGGAGGCUAUAAUCCUAGUAAUUGGGGUCGAAAUCCUGGUCCCGUCUCGCCGCCGCCAAAUCAAACCACUUUCGGUCUGGGUGUUAGCGGAAGAGGUCCUGCUUCGCCUCCACCAACACAAACUUCAUUUACGUCAAAUCAAUAUAGCACAUAUGGGAACCCACAGGCUCAAGCGACGCAACAGUAUAUGCCUCCUGGAUUCGUACCGCCUCCGCCACCUCCCGGACCUCCGCCGCUAGGACCACAGCAGACUAUCCAUUAUUCACAGCAACAACAGGACUACCCGUACGGUGUCCCCCAAAGUGCUAUUACACCGCAUAGCGCAGCCCCUCGGUCGGCACAACCGCAGCAGCAACCACAACAAAACGACCCGUGGGCAGGACUAAACGCUUGGAGAUAA